AUCCCUUCCGCGUUAUGCACGAGAUCACAAGAAGUACAGUUUCGUUCUUUCCCUCUACGAGUACAUCGACACCAUCCCCACUCUCUGGGCCAGCACCAAGAAGUUCAUCCAGAACCACCCCGAGCACAUCUCUGAGGGCAACUCCAUGCGCUUCCUCAGUGACGAUGGCGGUGAGAACUACAACAAGUGCCAUUUCUGGUCCAACUUUGAAGUUGGUAGUUUGUCCUGGCUUCGCAGCAAGCCUUACCUCGAUUUCUUCGAGUCUCUCGACAAGGAUGGUGGUUUCUUUUACGAGCGAUGGGGUGAUGCACCUGUCCACUCCAUUGCUGCCGGUCUUCUCCUCAAGAAGGAACAGAUUCACUUCUUUGAGGACAUUGCCUAUUACCACGUUCCUUUCACUCACUGCCCUACUGAUGAGCAGCGACGAAUGGAUCUUCGUUGCCACUGCAACCCCGAUAACAACUUUGACUGGAAGGGUUACUCUUGCACUUCUCGAUUCUUUGACCUUAACGGCAUGGAGAAGCCCAAGGGUUUUGAAAAGCAGCAGUAGACAAAAUAUCAUUAAAGAAUGAGUGGGAAGGAUUGUACGUUAUCAUACAGGUUGUUAUGCUCGGUAGAUUGUCUCCAUUAUUUCUAGGCUGCAAGCAAUGGGUGUGCAUCGGGAGAGGUUCAUAUGAACCAAU